AUGUCUGCAGCCUCUUCUGAGAAGCCGGAAUCGGGGGCCCAUGUUGAGAUCCUCAAGGUCGCCCGACAAAUCCAACAUCUUGCGCAUUUCUUAUCCCAAGGGUCGCCAUGCGCAGGCAUUGUCUUGACAGACGCAGAUAUCAAAGUAGCGCAAGAGCUCAACCCUAUCACCAGAAUCGCAUCCCACCGCCGGCUCUCAGAGCUACAAUUUCCACGAGAGUGGGUUGAAGACGAUGGCGCCCUAGCUAUUGCACUUCGUGACUGGAGAGAUCAUGUCAAAGAGAUGAGUCAGAGCAAUACGCAUGCUACGCAGGACAAGCUAGAGCAGACCGAGGAUGUUCUGACGAAAACUGACAUUGAGGUUGACGCUAAUGUAUCAGUUUUGUCAUACCCAAUGAAAAGAGAAGCGCACUGGGUUGAGAAGACUAGAGCUCUCGAGACGAAACUCCGACAAUCCGAGCAGGAGAAACAGUCUGUGAUGCAGCAUAAUCUCAAGUUGCAGCUAGACGUGGAAAGGCUUCAGCGCAAGGUGCAAGCCUUGUACCAAGGGCUCUUUGACCCCGAUAAUCGCAUCCACGAGGCUAACGUGAUGGCGAAGGCAAAUCUCUACAGUGAGAUUGGCCAACUUAAGCUGUCAGUUGAUACAGCCAACAACAAAAAUGAUGCCCUCAUCGAGAAGAACAAGGAGCUGGAGUCAAGCAACAGAGAUCUCGUUACUCAGAAUGAGUCCCUUGUUGAGAAGAAUAAGGAGCUAGAGUCAAGUAACAAAGAUCUCGUUACUGAGAAUGAAUCCCUCGUUGAGAUGAACAAGGAAUUGGAGUCAAGUAACGCAGAUCUCUUUACUACGAACCAGGACCUUUUGGAGAAGAUUGCGCAUGCGACGGAUGCUGCCACGAGUAACGAGGAGCCUCUCACGGCAAAGAACCAGGCUUUACAGAGCAGUAAUAAAGUCCUGGUCCUUGAAAGUGAAGCUCUGAAGACUAUCAAUGAUAGUGUUGUUGCCAAAUACAAGGACCUCGAGGGCAGACUCGAGCAAUCAGCAAAUGCGACAAAGUCUUGCAAUGAAGUCCUCGAUAAAAUCGUCGCAAAGAUUAAGGAGCUGGAAAACAGCAGAAAUGCAUUGGCUGCCCAGAACAAGGACCUGAUGAGCAGCAAUGCAGUUCUCGGUGAUGAAAACAAGCAACUCGAGGAGAGCAACGGGGAAAUUGUCACAUCAGUGACACGUUCGCUGCGGACAUUGACUUUAGAAUGCCGGGCCUUUGUUCAGUCAGGGAGUGAGAGUCGCAUGAGCUGGUUCUCGUGGUAA